ACGCAGACGCUCUUCCUCUCUGCGUAAUCAAAUCUCUCUCCCUUCGUUCUCUCUGUCUCUCUCUCUCUCUAUACAGUGCACACAUUUCGACUAACGAGAAAACGAGAUAAUUCCAGCUUAAAACCCUAGCUUUCUCAAUUCUAGGGUUUUCCGCUCCUAAUUUCCAAUUCUUUUUCUUCUUCUUCUUUUAUUUUAUUUUAUUUUUAUCGCUUAUGGAUGGAAAGCGAGGAAGAAGAAUCUUCAACUGUCAAUAAACCUUCUCCGAUACUCGAAUACAACGCCACCACCACCAUGCCUCAUGCUCAGGACGAGGUCUUCCACAGCGAACCGCAUUACGAGCCCUUCACGGCGCCGGAAUCGUUGGAGCCGCAACUCGUCGGAGGUGGUAAGUCACCAUCACCGCCACCAGCCACAGCGGAUGUCGAUGGGGAUGUGAUCGAUGCAGAGGAGAGCAAAGUGGUUGAGGAGGAUAAGGACGUCCAAACAGAGGAGAAUAAGGAGGUAAGUGACGACCAAGCAGUGGAGAAUAUGGAGGUAAAAGCAGAGGAGAACAAAGAGUUAAGCGGCGUCCAAACAGAGGAGACGAAGGAUGUGGCUGACGUGCCGGAGGAGGAGAAGGUCGUGGCUGACUUGUCAGAGGAGAAGGAGGUUGUGGCUGACGUGUCAGGGGAAUUGGCCUCGGCUGAGGAGGAGGUUACUGCUGCUGAAGCAGAGGAGGGUAUGGCCGUCGUGGCCGAUGUGGGUGGGAACAUGGCGGCGACUGACGUGGUGGAGGAUACGGUUGCGGCAGAAGAGAAAGAGAAGGGGUCAGAGGAGGCCGAGGUUGCAGAUUUGGCUGAUAAAGCGGUGGAAAUAGAGGUGGCUGAUGAAGCGGUGGGAAGAGAGGUGGGUGACGCGGGUGGUCAGUCGGGGGAGGAGGAGAGGGAUGUGGUUCAAUCUGCUGAGGAGAAUACGGAAGUGGUGACGGAGAAGGGUGAUGUAACUGACAUUGUGGAGGAGAAUGAGAAACCGGAAGACAGGGAAGUUGUAGAUGAGGCUGUGGCUGACUUGGGGAAGGAGCCGGAUGUUUCUAAUGUGACCGAGAAACCGGAACUGGAUGAGGAGGCUUUGACUAACAUUGCUGGAGAGACGGAUUUGGCUGGCCAGGUAGAGGAAAUGGAGGUGGCAGAUGAGACUGCUGAGGGACCGGAUACGGAGACAGAGGUAGAGGGGAAGGGAGAGGGAGAGGAUGGAGAUGACAGUGGCAUGGCUGACGAAGCCAUGGAGACUGAAACCGCGGAGGAGGCUGAUGUAAUGGAGGAGACCACGGAGGCAGAGGAGACAGAGGCUGCAGACGAGGCUGAAGGGAUGGAGGUGGUGAGUCGGGUGGGCAGUGGUGGUGGGAAGAGGAAGCGUGGGAGGAAUCUUAAAGCUCCGGUAAGAGCCCCUUCAAGGAAGAAGGGGGAAGAGGACGUCUGUUUCAUUUGUUUUGAUGGGGGUGAGCUUGUGCUUUGUGACCGGAGGGGAUGUCCUAAAGCUUACCAUCCUUCAUGUGUUAAUCGUGAUGAGGCAUUCUUUCGAGCUAAGGGUCGUUGGAAUUGUGGUUGGCAUCUGUGUAGCAACUGUGAGAAGAAUGCAUAUUACAUGUGUUAUACGUGUACCUUUUCCUUGUGCAAGGGGUGCAUCAAAGAUGCUGUCAUAUUCUGUGUUCGGGAAAACAAGGGCUUCUGUGAGACAUGUAUGAAAACUGUGAUGUUGAUAGAAAAGAAUGAGCAAGGAAACAAGGACAUGGACCAAAUAGAUUUUGAUGACAAAAGUAGCUGGGAGUAUCUCUUCAAGGAUUACUGGAUAGACUUAAAAGAGAGGCUAUCGCUCACUCUUAAUGAUCUUGUUGAGGCAAAGAACCCUUGGAAAGGAUCUGAUCCACAUGCUUAUAAGCAGGAGUCACCUGAUGAACCUUUUGACGCAAAUAAUGAUGGAGGCUCAGGUUCAGAUGGUUCUAUGGGUAAUUUUGAACCAAGUAACUCUAAAAGAAGAAAGGCCAAGAAACGGUUGAAAUCCCGUGGGAGGGGCAAGGAUUCCCGAAGCACAAUAACAGCUACUGUUGCUGAAGGGCCUUCUGUAGAUGACAGUGGUGGUUGGGCAUCAAAAGAACUACUGGAGUUUGUUAUGCACAUGAGAAAUGGUGACAAAUCUGUUGUAUCUCAGUUUGAUGUGCAGGCGCUUUUGCUAGAAUAUAUAAAGAGAAACAAACUCCGUGAUCCUCGCCGGAAGAGUCAGAUAAUUUGUGACUCAAGGCUUGAGAAUCUAUUUGGGAAACCACGUGUUGGUCAUUUUGAAAUGUUAAAGCUUCUUGAAUCCCACUUUCUUAUAAAAGAGGAUUCUCAGGUUGACGAUCUUCAGGGAAGUGUUGUUGAUACUGAAGCUAGUAAUUUGGAAGUUGAUGGGAACUCUGAUGCUUUGUCGAGGGCUGGGAAGGACAAGAGGCGUAAAAUGCGUAAAAAGGGUGAUGAAAAAGGGCGCCAAUCUAAUCUUGAUGAUUAUGCUGCCAUUGACAACCACAACAUUAAUUUAAUUUAUUUAAGACGUAAUUUGGUUGAGGAUCUACUUGAAGAUACAGAAAACUUUCAUGACAAAGUUGUUGGUUCUUUUGCAAGAAUUAGGAUUUCAGGUAGUAGUCAAAAGCAAGAUUUGUACAGGCUGGUGCAAGUUGUAGGUACAUGCAAAGCUUCUGAGCCAUAUAAAGUCGGUAAAAGGAUGACAGACACCUUGCUAGAGAUUUUAAACUUAAACAAGACAGAGAUCAUAUCCAUUGAUAUUAUCUCAAAUCAAGAGUUCACUGAGGAUGAGUGCAAACGACUGCGUCAGAGCAUAAAAUGUGGACUUAUCAACCGGCUGACUGUGGGUGACAUUCAAGAGAAAGCAAUGGCGCUUCAAGCUGUCAGGGUGAAAGACUGGUUAGAGACGGAGAUUGUGCGGCUUAGCCAUCUUCGUGAUCGAGCCAGUGAGACAGGCCGUAGGAAGGAGCUUCGAGAAUGUGUAGAGAAGUUGCAGCUUUUGAAGGCACCUGAGGAGCGACAGCGUAGGUUGGAAGAAAUUCCAGAAAUACAUGCGGACCCUAAUAUGGAUCCUAGUUAUGAGUCUGAAGAGGAGGAAGAAGAAACUGAUGAUAAAAAACAAGAGAGCUUCUUGAGGCCGAGAGGCUCCGGAUUUGGCAGGAGGGGGAGGGAGCCAAUUUCUCCACGAAAAGGUGGACCUGUUUCAAGUGAUCCCUGGAGUGGGACAAGGAAUUAUUCCAACAUGGGUCGGGAAUUAAGCAGGAACUUUUCUAGUAGGGGGUUCUCUAAUAAAGUGGAGGAUACAGCUGGAACUGGUGAGAUAGUAAAUGAUUCAUGGAAUCAUGGGAGAGAGACAGAAUUACAGCAAACAAGCAGCUGGGACAAGCACAAAGUUUCUAGUUCUGAAACUGUCUCCAGGAGUACACAGUCUGUGGUAAUAUCUGAAUCGUUUCCAACGGUUGUUUCAGAAACCUUGGGGACACCUCUCUCUACAGGGGCUGCUCAGUCUGCAGAAAAAUUCAAUGAAGCAGAAAAAAUAUGGCAUUACAAGGAUCCAUCUGGAAAAGUCCAGGGACCAUUUUCCAUCACUCAGCUGCGCAAAUGGAGUACCACUGGUUAUUUCCCUGCUGAACUGAGAAUUUGGAAAGCUACUGAGAAACAAGAAGAUUCUAUACUUUUGACUGAUGCAUUAGUUGGAAAGUUCCAGAAGGAUCCCUCAUCACUGGACGGCGGUUUUUCCAAGGCUCAGAUAGUGCAUAAUUCACUUCCCUCGCCUUCAAGUUCUGCGAAGCCUGAAGGAGCAGUCUUACAGAGGGGGACAGAAGUCCAAGUUGGUGGAGAAAGUUGGAGAAUGCAAACUGAAACAAAUUCUUCAACAGGCAAGGUGGCUCCUACAUCAGUGGAGGUCCCAAGAUACUCCGUGGAUGGGUGGGGUUCAACAAAUCUGCCUUCACCGACCCCAUCGCAAACUCCCAUGGGUUCGACAAAGGUGCAAACUUUUGAAAAUAAAUGGUCUGCCAAUAGUGUACAAGCAGCUAGUUCUCUCUUGGGAGGCAGUGGAGGGCCGCAACCCUCUGUUGUAGUUCCUCAGGAGACUGUAACAUCAGCACCCAAGCCAGAUAAGAUUAUACCUACAGGCUCAAUGAAUGCUAUUCAAAUGCCUUCUCUUCCAAUAAUGUCAGCACCCGUUUUAAAUGAUGCGUCAAUAAAUCAUGGUGCUGAUCUUAAAAAUGUUGUCUCAAAUCUACAGAGUUUGGUGCAGUCUGUGACUGGUUAUAAUCCUCCUGUUGAGAAGCAAGGAUGGGGAUCUGGUUCUGUUCCAAAACCAGAAAUGAUAACAUCAGGCUCAAUACCUGGGAGUGAAUCCCAACCCUGGGUGGUUGCUCAUGCGCAGAAAGUGGAAACAAGUAAUCCCACUAUUAUGCCUGCACAACCUCCUGCCCACGGUCACUGGAGUGAUGGUCCAUCUGUUCAAGCACCUUCUCCUAUGUAUAAUGGGGGAAAUUUUCCUUCGACUGGUUUUUCAAGUGUUCCUCCAUCUGAUCCUUGGAGACCUGUAGUUUCAAGUAAUCAGUCAAACAUUCACCCUCCAGCUCCAUCUCCUUGGGGCAUGGGUACUGCAGAUAAUCAAACCGCUGUGCCGAAUCAAAAUACUGGCUGGGGGCCAAAGGCAGCAAAUCCAAACAUGGGCUGGGGAGGGCCAGUAUGGGGAGCUUCUGGUCAGGGUCCAGCGAUAGGAAAUGCAAAUCCAGGAUGGGUAGCACACGGUCAAGGCCUACAGGCUAGUAAUCCAAUUUCAGGUUGGGGUCCACCAGGACAAGGACAACCACCUAUGAAUGCGAAUCAAGGCUGGGGUGCUCCUGGUCAAGGGCCACCACCAGGAAAUCCAAAUCCGGGUUGGGGCGCACCAACAGGGAACCAAGGGAAAUGGGGAAGCGAACGGAAUCAUAAUGCAGAUAGAUACUCAAAUCAGAGGGAUAGAGGAUCUCACGGUGGGGAUUCUGGUUAUGGUGGGGGUAAUAAACCUUGGAACAGGCAGUCAUCGUUUGGUAAUGGAGGGGGAGGGGGAGGUUCUUCAAGGCCUCCGUUUAAGGGACAGAGAGUUUGCAAGUAUCAUGAGAGUGGUCAUUGCAAGAAGGGUGCUUCUUGUGAUUAUAUGCACACUUGAGAGGUUUUAGUUUUAACAUAUCCAUAGCAAUAGCAUCAGCCAGCAGAGGAAGAGCACUUGAUACUGUACAGUUUAUUCCCCAUUGGAGAGUUUUGACAUGUAUAAGCAUUUUUUCUUUUCUAUUUAUUUGUAGAACAAAGUGCAGUCUUCUAGUAGUCGGCGACCUCACUUCUUUU